AUGGAAGUGGUUUGCAAUGACAGAGUAGGAAAAAAAGUGGUCGUCAAGUGCUUGCCAGAGGACACUGUGGGAGACUUCAAAAAGCUAUUGGCAGCACAAAUAGGAACAUUGCCUGAGAAGAUAGUGUUGAAGAAGGGAUACCAAACAUUCAAGGACUUUAUCACUUUGGAGGACUAUGAGAUCCACGAUGGAACCAACUUGGAGUUGUAUUACUCAUGA